UCGAGGAAAUAUCUGGUUUUUUCUCUGUUUUUUCGUUGUUUUCGCAGGUUUGAGUCGCCCCAGCUCCACCAUGCACUACCCCGGCGAGCGCUGCCCGCCGCACCUCCUGCCGGGCCCCAAAUUCAUCCCCGAGCUGCUCCCACAGUGCCCGCCUCACCCCGAGCCCUUCGCCAACACCUGCCACCCCCUGAGCAUCACCAAGAGCCCGGUGCCACGCUGGCAGAGCUGUCCCCAAGGCGCCGCCGCGCUGUCGCUGCUGCCGUGCCGGCCGCUGGUGCAGAAGUGCCUCCUGCUCUGCCCCGAGCCCUGCGAGACCACGCGGCUGCUGCCCCGCCCUGAGCCCGGCCCCGGGUGCUCCGCUGGCCCCCAAGCCUCGCCGGCCACCCAGAGCCCCCGUGGCGACAAGAAGCGAGUGGCCAGGAGCCUCCCGCCCUGCGCUCCGCCGCGCUGCCCCGAGCCCGGCCGGCUGCGCUUCCCCCCGUGCGGCAUCCGCUACUCGUCCUCGGCGUCCUGCCGGGGCCAGUGCCGCUCGCACAAGGUGGCCAAGUGCGCCUGGCGUUGCCCUGAGCUGACCAGCGGCUACUCGCUGCCCCUCCGAGGGGUCACCGAGUGUCCCCCGCAGCAGAGCGCGGCUCAUUCCUUCCUGCAGGAGUACCUGGCCCCGCACAGGUGCUCCAAGGGGUACCCGACGCAGGAAUUUGUCACCUGCUCGUGCGCGGAGCAGCGCCUGAGCUGCGCCACCAAGGCCACCAAGGAGUGUCCCCCGCUCAGGGAGGUGGCCAAGGGCACCAAGGAGUGUCCUCCGCUCAGGGAGGUGGCCAAGGGCACCAAGGAGUGUCCCCCGCUCAGGGAGGUGGCCAAAGGCUCGCCGGUUCUCGAGGGGAUCAAGGUCAGGAGCUGCUCCGCGCAGCACCUGAGCAAGUCCCGCUGUGGCCAGCACCGCUCCCGGGGGGCCCCGCGCCCCUCCCGCCUGGCCCCGGCUCCGGCCAAACGCUCCGGACACCCCAAAAAAAGUCGCAGCGCGUCCAGGUGGCUCUGGUGA